AUGUUAAGGGGUUUGAGAGUUAAUGGUGUGGUUCAUUUAAUAACAGAGAAGAAUUUAAGAUUGAUUGUGUCAGAAUAUCUCGUGGUCGAAAACUCUGAUUGUCCACACGUAUGUCUGUGUAACUAACAGACCCAUGGGUGUAGAAGUUCUGACAAUUCUUCUUAGCAAAGUCGAUUCAAGCACGCAUGGUCGAUGCAACGAACCGCCAGAUAGUCACAAUACAGAGUAUCACUUCCGUUGACAGACAAAUCAUUGUCAGUGUGAAAUGAGUAUUGCCUGCAACAGCGUAUUCAGACGUCAUUCUACGAAGAUCAUAUUAACAUAGUUUUCUUAACGAUAUUUAAGGUAAUUUCUACAUAUUUCGCAUAUUCAUAGAUUUAUUCAAUAUUAAUUUAUAUGUCAAUAUAAUCUGCAAUUACUAUAUAUCUAAUCAUCAACAUCUAAUCACACACGUAAUAUAAUUUUAUUAACGAUAAUAUAUUUUACGAUAAUACGAUAAUACUUUAUCAAUUUAUUACGUACGGUGAUAUUUAAAAAUCAUUCUUUCUUUUAACUAGAUAUUUUUAUGUAGGUAUAACAAUUUUUUAUAAAGCAUACUAUCUGUAAAUUCUACUUUAUAUUUUAUAAUUAUUUCCUAUACAUUUGAUAACUUAUACUAAUUUUUAAAUACGCAGUAAUAAAGUAAAAUGCUUAAUUCUUAAGAAACAUAAUUUAAAAAUUUAACAUAAUUUAAAAAUCAAAAUACAUUGGAAAAGAUAUGUCGUACAAAAUUACAUUUAGUUAAGGUUAAAAUUAUGUUUGAAGAAACUCAUUCGAGUCGUAUUAUCUGUAAACACUCUAUCCAUAAAAAAUAAUCAUGAACCGAUACCGAUAUACUAACUUUAAAACUAACGUGAACUACUGAUCUAGUAGUUCACAGCUCGAUGUUAUUUGUUGAAUAGAGUUUUUUUAUUUUAUAAACGAAAAUGACAUAUUCUUUUCAGAUGCAACCAAGAAAAAUUCGGUGGAUUAUUCAAAUUGAAGAAGAUCCAUGGCAAGGUGAAAGCGUCGAGGAACAAAUCUCCAGCAUUAAAGGUAAUUUAAAAAUUAGUUACAAUAUAUAUUUAAAAAUAUCUUGGACUGUGAAAUAGUUUUAUAAUUAUCUCGUAGUUUUAUAA